AUGGCGCCCCCAAAGAACUCGUGGAAGGACUGGGUCUGGCUGGGCUGGUUCGCCAUGCAGGUCCCCGUCAUCCUCUCUACACAGACACAGGAACUGACCGGCGUUACGGCCACGGCAGGCGUCGACAUGGUCGACAAGUACCCGGGCUUCCUGAUCGCGGAGCCGGGCGCGCCGCUGCACUUCCUGCACCGCUUCCGCGCGUGGUACAUCGCCACCUACAACGACCCGCUGAUGCAGUGGGCACCGGAGGGUGCCGGCGACGGCGGCCACAGCUGGAUCCCGCUCUUCUUCUGGCUCGAGCUGCUCUUCCUGCUGCCCGUCACCUUGUACGGCAUCCGCGAGCUCGGGGUCCGGCGCCGGGGCACGCGGGGCCAGACGGAGCUGUUGUUCGUCGUGUACGCGCUCGAGGUCGCGUUCACGACGCUCGUCGUCAUCAACGACGUGUCGUACUGGGACCCCGAGGUGUACUCCGACGAGCAAAAGAAUGUGUUCCGGUUCCAGCUCUACGGGCCUUACUUUGUCCUGCCUGUCAUCAUGGCCGCCGACAUGUACUCGAGGCUGCUGCAACGUUUUGGAGCUGCUGACGCUGUGAAAAAGACGCAGUAA